AUGGAGUGGAAACUGGCGCGCCUCUCCCGGCGGAGGAUCCGGACCGAGGAAGAGAUGGUGUGGGUCUUUGAUUCGCUGAAUACCACCUAUGCUAACUUUAAGAGCAACUUCGCGAAGAGACUGUCAGCUGAGGGGCCUGUGGCCAGCAGCCCCAUCACCACAAGAUGGCAGCAAAGUCAAACCAGGGAUCUGUCAGCCUAUUCCUUGGGAGAGGAGCCUUCAACCGUGGACCUCCCAGAAUCUUCUGGGUCAGUGCUGAAGAUAACCUCUGAGAAAGACACCUUGACUCCAGGAUCCUUCAACGAACCACUGAAGACUCCCAUCAAGGGAAGUUCCGAAACGCUCAACUCUGCUCCGUGUUUCUGCAAGGCAACUUGUGCAGUCGACAGAGGCUGGAAGGAAAAUGAUUCCUCAAAAGGACAGAAAUGCCUAAACCAACCAUCUGUAACCCAGAAGGUGUUUCAGCAGCUUAAUGGGAAAAUGCAGCUUUGUGAGCGAUCUCAGUGUGUUUGGAAAGGCUGCAGAAAUGGAGUCAGAGAGGAAUCCUUCUAUUUUAAAAGGUUCAAUGAUGUAAAGUAUUCCAAGACCCAACCAGAGGUGAAGAUUCAUCUUACUGGUCUUCGAAAUGACUACUAUCUGAAUAUCCUAGACUGGAGCCUUCAGAAUCUUGUUGCUAUAGCCCUGGGAUCUGCUGUGUACAUCUGGAAUGGGGAGGACCAUGACAGGAUUGAAAACAUAGACUUAGGUUCCACUUGUAAUUAUGUGUCUUCUGUGUCCUGGAUGAAAGAUGGAGCUUGCCUGGCAGUUGGCACCAGCGAGGGAGAAGUGCAGUUAUGGGAUGUGGUAACUAAAAAGCGGCUGAGAAAUAUGCUCGGUCAUUUAUCCGUAGUGGGGGCUCUGAGCUGGAAUCACUGUAUCCUCAGCAGUGGGUCCAGGCUGGGGCGUGUUUAUCAUCAUGAUGUUCGGGCUGCCCAGCACCACGUUGGAACGCUGUGCCACAAGCAAGCUGUGUGUUCUCUGAAGUGGUCACCAGAUGGCAGGCUGCUUUCCAGUGGCUGUAGCGACGGACUGCUGUCUUUGUGGUCCCACGAUCCAGGGGCCAGCACAAAGAGCCAACCACUAAAAGUCAUCCCCCAAUCUACAGCAGUCAAGGCGAUGGAUUGGUGCCCCUGGCAGUCUACAGUCCUUGCUGUUGGAGGAGGCAUGGAAGAUGGAUGCUUACACAUGUUGGAUUUAAAUGCGAGGACGAGCAUCCAGACCCCAAGCACAAAUUCACAGAUUUGUUCCUUAAUCUGGCUACCUAAGACCAAGGAGAUUGCAACUGGCCAAGGUAUUCCUAAGAAUGACGUGACUCUGUGGACCUGUCCCACUCUGUCCAGAUCAGGUGGGUUUUUUGGCCACACAGGCAGAGUGCUGCACCUGGCUUUGAGUCCUGACCAGACCCAGGUGUUAUCUGCAGCAGCUGAUGGGACAGCCUCUGUGUGGAAGUGCUACUAG